UCCCACAGCUCCGGGAAGACCCGGGCAGAGGAGGCUUAGCCCCCUCCCCUCCCCGCCGCCUGGUCCUCGGGGUCUGAGGGCGGCGGCCUCCGUCCGACUCCAGACCCUGGGGCUCCGGGUCUUCUCGGCGGCGGCCGCAGCAUCUGCGGCGACGUCACAGCCCUCGCGGCCUCACACACAGCGCUCCGGCCGGCCGCCGAAUGCCCGUGGACGCGCAUCUCUUCCCAGAGUUCCUGCUUCCUGGGCCAGCCAAAGCCGCAGAACCAUGGAGCCCAAAGACAUACCUGCUGUGCCCUGCUGCCCCUCCGACUCCAAAUGUACCACAGGGCGUGAGACCGGAGCCCCGUGGGGGAUUGAACUUGGCCCCAGAAGAGCUAUAGGUCGCUGUGACCGCUGCCACAACCAUGGCAUCACUACCAAAAUCAGGGGCGAAAAGCAUUUCUGCCUCUUCCGGGCCUGCAAGUGUCACAAUUGUGCCUUCUUCUCGGAGCAGCACAGGGCCUUGCCUGAUCGGAGUGCCUUGAAGAGGGAGCGGGGCGCACGGCUCAAGAGGCACCCGGCUCAAGGACUGAUAAAGACCAUGGCUGCAGCCCCCAGAUCGCACCUCCAUGUCAAGAAGUUGGCCCUGGAAGCAGGCAUCCCGGCCGGGAAGGACAACACCAUGACCCAGCCUGAGGCCCUCACUUGCGGACCCCCGCAGGAGGAGGGCUCCCAAGGGCCUGAGCCGUUCAAUGGGCCCCCAGAACCUCCAUCUGUGCCCUACUCUCUGGCGACCUUGGAUCAGCAGCUGACUGGUUCUCUUUCUGGGGAGCCCCACAGGCACCUUGUCCUGCCCAGCAUAUGCUCAAGUCUGCUCCUCCAGCCCUGUGCCACCCCUGACCCUCUUCUACUGCAGCCACAGGUCUCCAAUGCCUCCGAACAGGCUUCCCUUUCUGCCGCCUUGGAGUGGCAGCGGAAGCUGGAGGCAGCCGAGGCUCUGCUGGCUCUGAAAAACUCUUCUUGGGACCCUCCUGAUUCCAUGACCCUGCACCAGCCCUGCAGCCCACCAGCUCCUGCAGGAGAGAGAGGACUCCAGGCUCCCAGCCCUCCUCUGCGACCCAGGCCUGCCAGCUCGGUGUCACUGCCUAUCGGACAUCUGGGGUGCAUCUCCCUCUUGACCUAAGAGCCCCGCGGAGGAGGCCUCGCCACAGCACUGCCUAUUUGGGUAUCCUGUUUCUGAAUGUGCAAAAUGUUUAAUGUCCAAAAUGCUUAACGUCUUUUUUUAAGCCUUCAGGUGUUUUAUAAGCUUUCAGACCCUUUUUAUGAUGUGGGGCAACUCUUUGAUUGAGGUUGGGUAUUCUUGUACCUUCCCAUCCCUUAUUCCUUUGGAUGCUGGGGCCUUUUUAUGUGUCUUAUAAAAACAGGAUUGCGCAAUCAAUCUGUCAGCGGGGUUCUGAGUGGGUUCAUAUGCCAGUGUUUUCAUGUGUCUUGUGAUUGUGCACUUACCUGUGCACCCAUGUACGCACCCAUGCAUGUGGAAACAGGAAGAUGUUUUCACUUUGCGUCUAGGUUUGUGUGUGUGAACAAAUAAUAAACCCUUGUUGUUGUAAGGCA